UAAAAAUAUGAUGUUUUCUGCUCAAAAUAGAUAUUAAAGUUUACGCAAUGCCAAUGGUCAGUCAUGUGCUCUAAGCACACCACUUUGUACCUUCGAAUAUCAGAAGCAAAAAAUUUAUUAGCAAAAGACUUAAAUGGAAAAAGCGAUCCGUACUGUGUUAUCAAAGUGGAUAAUGAAGUCAUAGCCAGGACAGUGACAGUGUAUAAGAGUUUGCAGCCUCUCUGGGCCGAGGAGUUCAAACUGCACAUGCCAUUUGGGUUUCAGGAUUUAGCUAUUUAUGUAUAUGAUGAAGACAAAGUUAGUGGUGAUGACAUCAUUGGUAGAGUCUCAAUCAGCAGAUUCCUGCUUCAGCAGAAUUCCAGUGCUAAAGGGGUGGAAGAUUGGUUUCCUUUGUGGAAAGUUGACAAAGACUGGGAGAUACAAGGUGAAAUCUUGCUGGAAUAUGGGAUUCGGGAGUCAGAGAACAUGGACCCUUACUUUGUUAUCACAGUUAUUGAAGGCAGGGACCUUGCCCCAAAGGACAAGACUGGAUAUUCUGACCCGUAUAUAACAGUGGAAUGUCUUGGUCAAACACGAACUACCUCAAGCCAGAAAAAAACUCGCUUUCCUGAAUGGCAUGAAACUUUUGAAUUUCCAAUGCCAUGCAUUGACUCAGAGUUGACUGUUACUCUCACAGUCAUGGACAAAGAUCGAAUUAGAAGUGAUGACUUCAUGGGCAGGAUCUAUCUUACUAUGGUUGACAUUCCAUGUGGCUCUCUUGUGAAAAGCUGGCACUCUGUGUGUCACAAACCGCUCACAGACAGUGUGAUCCGAAGAAACAGCAAAAUUGAGCGUGGAAAGCUUCGGAUGAAGUUUCAGCUGUUGGAGGAAAACGUGCUUCCUGCAUCAUGUUAUCAACCUCUGACACAUUUACUCAUACAGGCUGUUGCAGAACAGUCCAGAGACCUGGGUCUGGUGAUAUGGCACGUGUUGGAGGAAUACCGGACGCUGGAAUUGAGUGAAGUGGCUGCGUCCCUCAUCCGUUUCUUCCUUGGCCAUGCUGUGGUGGAAUACCUACAUCAAGUUACUGUUAAAGACAUCCAGGAAACAGCUGACCCAAAUACUCUAUUCAGAGGUAACAGUUUGGCCACUAAAUCCAUGGACCAGUUCAUGAAGAUUGUAGGUAUGCCGUAUCUACAUGAGACACUUUCCACUGUGAUAGACAGAAUAUUUUCUGAGAAGAAGAAUGUUGAGCUUGAUCCUCAUCGGGUAAACAGUACUCGAAGAAGACACAGUAUUUACAGAGAAUCAGAGGAAGAGGUGUUGUCCUCAAGUCAGGGAGUGAUGGAAGGAUAUCUGUCUGAAAUCAUGGACAGCAUCUUCAACUCUGCUAAGAAGUGUCCUCGUACCAUGAGGAUUGUGUUCAAGAAUCUUCAAGAGGCUGUCCGAGAAAAAUGGCCAGAAGACACACAUGAGGACACACCCUACCUGGCAGUCAGUGGAUUCUUGUUUUUGAGAUUCUUUGCUCCAGCUAUUCUAGCACCAAAGCUAUAUGCUUUCAAUACAAUCCACCCGAAUGGGAAAAUAAGCAGGACACUCACACUGCUUGCCAAGGUGACCCAAAGUAUUGGCAAUCUGACAGUGCAGCACGGCAAGGAGACGUGGCUACAUCCUCUCGAACGUGUUAUCAGAACCUAUGUGCUGCAGGCUCGCGACUUCAUUGAUGAACUGGUGGCUUUGGAGGAUCCCGAAGAUUCUCACUACGACUCAGGACAGUGUCGUGAACUCGGCUCGCGCUCUGUGAUCUUAAAGCAAGGUGUUCUGCUCAUAUGUCGGUACCGCAGCAAAUACCUGCUCCGGCUGCUCGUUCUGAAAAAGUGCAAUUUCUGGCUCACCUGUGAUUCUCUUACCUAUGCAAAAUUCAGCUCUGAACAGGAUCAGAAGUCAGUUCCUGUAUCACAGAUCUGUGCUGUGGAGAAAGUUGACUAUGGCGCGUUCAACAAAUUAAACAUGGGCCAGAUUCUGAUUCGUAACUCAGACGAUGGAAUCGAUGUCUUGUACUUCCAGGCAACGGAUGUGAAUGAGCUGACGUUCUGGAUGUCUGCGAUCAGAAAGACGUGUCAGUACAAUGUGUGCCGCGUGGAGACGUACCACCCCGGGGUGUACAAAGGAGAGAAAUGGAGUUGCUGUCACAGACCACCACCAUCUGCCCCUGGUUGCAGUCAGACGUACCACGGUGUUAUGCUUGGUGACUGGCAGGAUCCUUUAGACCCAAGAGUGGAAACUCAGAUUAUUUAUUCACAGCUGCAGAAUGGAAAACACAAUCUCAGAAAACAGCAGAUGGAUUUACAGUUGCAGCUCACAGACCAGGGUGCGGAUGUGGACAUGGAGCGGAAACUGGAAAACAUUUCCCAGAUUUUAGAUAUCAUUCAGCAGCUGGAGAUGUCACAUGAUUCCUUCAAACAUGCCUGAUAGCAAAACACUGUAGCAUUUUGAUCAAUCUUUUAUCAUGGAAGAGCUGUGAACAGAUGUUGGAAUGGGAAAACACUCCUGCCAUAAACAGUAACUAUAAACAAUAACCACAAACAGGGCACAAUAUUUCAUGCAAACCAUCACUCUAUUUGUGUGUUGUUUAGACAGCUUUAAAUUCACAUGAACUGCCAAUAACAAUGAACAGAGAAAGUGAAGGAAAAACAUUACUGUACUGUCACAAAAUCAUAGUCACAGAACAACCAUGAAUAACAGUGAAAGAUUGGUCAUCAGACAAUUAUGGAAGGAAAAACAUCCCUGUAUCAUAAGUUAUUACUAUUUAAAGAAACACACCCUUCUACAGCAAAACAUAAUUCAUUAAACAUUCAAGAACAGAACAAUGCAAUGAAAGUCCUGUACUACCAUAGAAUCUGAUAUGGUCAUAAAAAAAUAUGGACAACUGGAGUAUAGUGCACAUAAAAAUAAAAUAUUGAAAACGGGCAUUAGAUUGCAGCAAAGUCACAACGAUAAACCUUGUGCUCAAAAUAUAUAUGCCCAAAAUCAUCAUGCCUAAAGUAAGUACAAACAUACUGACCUCCGAAUAUUUCACCUCAAAAUCACUGAAAUGUUAAGCUUUAAUUAGAUUUUAAAUAACUUCAAAUGCAUUUCUGAAUAUUCACAAUUCUUCAGCAGCCAUUAAUAACAUUACUGUACUAACUAAAAGGAUCUUGCUGUGCUCCAAACAGACAAAGAAACUUGUUGCACCCAAACUAGUGAGAUCUAAAGACCGGUUGAAGCUACGGUAUGUCGCCUGUAUAUGCAAUAGUCCUUGUAUAUAGUUACAAUGUAUGAUAUACACAUUGGAAUGUAAUAACUGAAUGCCAUCUGUAGGCCUUGUCUGUCUGUUUUAUUUAAGUGACCUUUUUUAUAAUUAUAAUGUUGCAUAUCUAGUUACGUUUACAAAUAUCAAACCAGUCUUUGCAAUCUCUGACAUGUUUUUUUAUGUUAGCGUAUUCCAACAGUGUUCUGUUUAAUUUUAGCAGUUUCUCUUUUUUAUGAUAUUUACCUCACCCAUCUAUGCAGCUAAGUUAUUUUUAUUACUAACCUUACAUGUGCAAUGUAUAUUCGACAGCUUUUUAAUGCUUUAAUCUGUUACAUGUUACAUCAAGUAGAUAUACUAAUGUUGAUGAAAAUGUUAUUAUAAUAUGAAAUGGAUUCCUAUCCCCCCCCCCCCCCCUCAUUUUUGCUGCACAUAGUAUAUCAAAUAUUUUUAGUAAAACCAAUUGCAGUUUGGUUUUUCAUGUUCCAAAUAGUACUUCACAACAAAACACUGUAAAUCAAGAAAUAUUAGUGAGCAUAAAAUUUUAGCUGCUUUAGCGAGGCCAUACAAAACAUUAAUAUUUUCAAAAAUCUUUUGGACAAUUGUUUUGUUGGUGAUUAACUGAACACACAACAUUUUAAUUUAUGUUCGUACUUAUAUCCAAUUAAGGUUCAA